UGUGCGCAAAAAGGAGCCGAUCAAUAUUAUUCAUCAUUCAAAUUACAAUACCGUGAUAAUGUGCGUGUCGUGCAAAGAAUAAUUAUUAUUGUUAUUAUUAAGAAUGUAGCUUAAACGUGAAAAAAAGUUAUUACAUACACACGAUGGCCGUGUGGACGGAAAUAUUGUUGGUUUCUUUUUUUAUUUCUCUUCCAUUCAUGUACGACACUUGCCGAAUAUUUCGGUAUCACUUACGACUGGCUACGUUUUUCAUACUCGCUACAUUCACGUCGCUACUAGCCGUCUUCCAGUACAAACAGCGAAUGAGAUUAAUUGCAUAUUUUGGUCAACAAAUAUCUGAUUUACUAUCUGUCGAAUGGCGAGUUUAUGGAAAACAGAACCUGAUCAAUAAACGAAGAAGAGUAGUUCUUAUUAAUCACCAGGAUUUUAUUGAUGCACUAGGUAUUUUACAUUUGUUGUAUUGUCGACAAAUCGAAAUGGACAUUGAUCUAGAAAAUCAUUAUUCUAACUUAUGGCCCUUUUCACUUGUCCCUUGGCUUUUGUCAAGAUUACUUUGUCCCAUUAAUUUUAUCAACGAAAAUUUCGGAACAACAGUCUUAUCCAGAGCUACAACCAACUCCAAAAAUGAGCAUAAUGUAUUUUUGGUGCCUGCCUCGAUGACAUGUGAAGACACCAUCAGGAUUGCCGUUAAGAAGAAAUUGCCCAUUCAACCAAUUGUGUUUUCCAAACAUUACUUCCUAAAUAAAGAGAAACAUUUAUUUGAAGCUGGUCGUAUUAUAAUAUCGGUUAUGCCUUUGAUUGAAACAAACAGUUUUUCGACAAAUAAUUUACCUGGACAAAGCCUAGAACUCCUCAACAAAAUGAACACUGAAUUUGAUUGUAUUAGUAAAAUUACAGAAUUAAGCGAUUACCAAACUCCAUUUUACAUAACUAGUUGAACAUAGAUGACUUUUUUUUGCACAAUUGUUUAUUUUGCAUUUGCAAAAUACUUUUUUACUUUUCUAUAAUGACUUUAUAUUAUAAAGAUCAUUUCUAAAAUAUUAGAUUGGUAUUUUAUUUUAUUAUUAACUAAUCCAAAGAUUUGUUUUUAAAUAUUUGUAUUUUAUAUUUAUUUAAUAUUUUAAUUUCUAUUAUUGUGCAAUUUUUAAAUUAUUAAUAAGACAUAUUUUUGUAUGUAAUUUACUUACAUAAGUAGAAAAUACUCUUUACGUUAUAUUAUGGCUGUGGAUUUUAGCAAUUUGUUAAGUAAUUAAAUACGGUUUAAUGAUACAACUAUUAGUCAGUAUAUUGUACAAAUACCAAAGCCUUACAAGUAUUUUUGAACUAGUCACAAUAUUAGUUACUAUAUACUAAAAUUAUUUUAUUUUAAUAUUAAACUAAAUAAUGUUCUAAAAA